CCGGAAAAACUACAGCUCCAAUAAUGCAACCUGGCCACACAGGCAGCAGGCUUGACCGAGCAGUCCUGCAGCUGCAGAAAGUUAGUUUUGGGGAAGGGGAAGCAUUGAAUAAUCAUAGAAAAGAAGCGGACUGGCGUUGAUAGGAAGCAGCAUGUCUGAAUAUCCCGCCUUCCAGUAUGGCAAGUCUCGUUUCGACCAGAACACGUUUUUUGGUCGGUUCAGACACUUCCUGGAUGUGAUAGACCCCAGCACACUCCUCGUGACAGAGAAACGCCUGCAGGAGUGUGUCGAGCUGCUUGAGUGUUUCAAGCGAGGAAAUCUGCCCCCAGGAGUGACAGAUGCUCAGCUUUGGCAAGCCCAGAAAAUAAAGCAGGCCGUCAUCCACCCCGACACAGGGGAGAAGAUCUUGAUGCCUUUUCGGAUGUCAGGUUUUGUCCCGUUUGGCACACCAGUGGUUGUUGGCCUCCUCCUCCCUAACCAAACACUGGUGUCCACCGUCUUCUGGCAGUGGUUGAACCAGAGUCACAAUGCCUGUGUUAACUACUGUAACCGAAAUGCCUCCAAGCCAGCUCCAGCUUCCAAAUUCCUGCAGGGAUACCUUGGGGCAGUUACCAGUGCCGUGUCCAUUGCUGUUGGUUUAAAUGUUUUAAUCCAGAGAGCAAGCCACUUCAGCCCAACCACCAGGCUUUUGGUGCAGAGGUUCAUCCCCUUCCCAGCAGUGGCGAGUGCAAAUGUCUGCAACGUGGUGCUCAUGAGACACUGUGAGCUGUCAGAGGGCAUCAGUGUGCUCGACAACAACGGGAACGUGGUGGGAACAUCAAAAGUAGCUGCCAGGCAUGCGCUUUUAGAGACAGCUCUGACCAGAGUAGUCAUGCCCAUGCCGAUCCUGGUGCUUCCUCCCUUGAUCAUGUCUGCACUGGAAAAGCUCCCUCUCCUGCAGAGACAUCGGAGGCUCGUCCUGCCUGUCCACAGUCUCGUGUGUCUCGCUGCCUUCGGCCUGGCUCUGCCACUAGCCAUCAGUUUGUUUCCACAGAUGUCAGAGAUCAGUGUAAAUCAGCUGGAGCCAGAGAUCGCCAGGGCAACAGAUUGUAAGAUUGUGACAUACAAUAAAGGACUUUGAUCGAUCAGUACCAACCAAAAUGUGAAGAUGGAACGCUCUGCUCUUAGUGGUACAAACCAGCCGAGGCUGCCAGGGAAUUAAUUGUGGUAAAUUUGGCUGCUGCAGUGGCUUCAGCGCACAUUUGGACAACAACAGCUGAUAUGAAGAAUCAGCAGUAACAGUGAUAAGAAAAUAUAUAUCACAACACAAGGAGACAAUGCCAAAUAACUGUAGCAGUCAGAAAGAGGGUAACAGCCUGGUUAGGUUGAGUAGUUAGGUUAGCUAUACUCAUAAGCUUGCAGUUUUUUCCACAAUGAAGAGAUCACUAACUAAAGAUCAGUUUAAAUCAGGGUGGAUGGAUGGAUGGAUAACAGGCAGAUUGAAGCGGCUGGGCAGGACGUGUCUAAAUCAAAGUGUAAAUACUGUGAAUGAAAUUAUGAUGCCUUUUUUGCUUGUUUAAUACAAAAGCUUCCGACAUUUUUUGCUUUUGACCCUUAAAUAUGAAUCAGUAACUUGCCAUGUGUGUCUAUGACCUGGAAGUAUUUUACUCAAGGUGGGAAGAAGAAAGCUGCAAAGAUGAAAGAAAAUCAGAAACUUUCUGGAUCUAAAUGAUUAUUUCUGCCCUCACUUUAAUUCCCGUGACUCAUGUUUGGAAGCACUGAUUUGUAUGUAUUUCUAAAAUAGUUCUAAUGUGAAUUAUCAGAUAGUAAGAAAGUUGCAGUUUUGGUUCUGAGUGAAAGCUAAAACUUUAUAAUUAGGCAAAUAUUGUAUAGAUACAAAUAAAA